AUGUCCGCCCCAGCAAAAAUUACACUCAACAGCCUCGAUGGCCAGUGGGUUUUGAAUCGUGCCAUGUCCACCGAAUACGACCCUCUUCUCAAGCUUCAAGGGGUUAACUGGCUGAUGCGCAAAGUCUUAAACAUGACCAAUGUCAUUCUAGAAGUCAAGGAGUGGGAAGACCCAUCUGACGGCUUCACCCACAUGGACAUCGAUCUCAAGCCGACCUCAGGCCUGCCAGCCACCCAGGAGAACAAGGUGCUUGACUUCCAAGGUGUUGACUCCACUCACGCGCUGUUCGGAAAGAUUCGUGUGAGCCAGGGGUGGACUGGUGCCAAGGAACUGGAUGAAGAAGAUUCUUUUCUGGUUGAUGGAAUGGAAGAGGGCAUUAACAGCUUCGUUCACUUGAAGACGGAGCACCUGGACUACAAUGCCGUGACACACCAGGCUUGGGGAUUUGAGGACAUCAAUGGGUCGAGAUACCACAGCAGGCAUAUUGUUGGAAAGAAGGGAAAUGAAGUCGUUCGGGUUAAGCUCGUCUAUGAUUAUCUUGGGCCUCGCUCGGACGCGAACUGA